AUGGAGAAUCGAAGUAAGGCACUCAAGAAGAUGGACGAGCUCCCAGAACAGGGGCAAGCGACGCACAGACAGGAGCUGCUACAGCCAAACUCCACUGAUGACAUGCUACAACGCAUAGACAGAGCACUUGAAAGAUUCUGGCAGCAACUUGAAGCUAGGAUGAUGCCCACACAGCUCAAGCCGCAUCAGAGACAAUGCACCGAUGAGGUCCUCAGACACCCUGACCUCCUCAUGGGGAAAUCGAAUCAGGCCAAGCCUGAAACUCACCCACAGGUGAGAGGGGGCAAAAUGGCUGCGGCCUCAAAGCUUCGAUCACGGCAAAGGAAACUGUGUACACGCAACCGGCGCAAGACACCCCAAGCCCCUCAUGGCACGGAGAUGAAACAGCAUCAACCCCACACAUAG